UCAGACCCUAACUGUAAACUAGAAGACAAGGCAGAAGAUGAAGUGCUAGACUGUAAGAAAAGGCCGGAUGAAGGGGAGGAGUUAGAAGAAGAAGCUGUGCACAGCUGUGACAGCUGCCUCCAGGUGUUUGAGUCACUGAGUGAUAUCACAGAACACAAGAUUAAUCAAUGUCAACUGACAGAUGGAGUGGAUGUUGAGGAUGACCCCACUUGCUCAUGGCCAGCAUCAUCGCCUUCUAGCAAGGACCAGACUUCCCCGAGCCAUGGAGAAGGUUGUGAUUUUGGUGAAGAGGAGGGAGGUCCAGGGUUGCCCUAUCCAUGCCAGUUCUGUGACAAAUCGUUCAGCCGCCUCAGCUACUUAAAGCACCACGAGCAAAGUCACAGCGACAAGCUCCCUUUCAAAUGCACGUAUUGCAGUCGCCUCUUCAAACACAAACGGAGCAGGGACCGCCACAUAAAGCUUCAUACAGGAGACAAGAAGUAUCACUGCAGUGAGUGUGACGCAGCGUUCUCAAGGAGUGAUCAUCUUAAAAUUCACCUAAAGACUCAUACGUCCAACAAGCCAUAUAAGUGUGCCAUUUGUAGGCGUGGAUUCCUGUCAUCUAGUUCGCUGCACGGUCACAUGCAGGUUCAUGAGAGGAACAAAGAUGGCUCUCAGUCUGCUUCCCGGAUGGAGGACUGGAAAAUGAAAGACACUCAGAAAUGCAGUCAGUGUGAAGAAGGUUUUGAUUUUCCUGAAGACCUUCAGAAGCACAUUGCAGAAUGUCACCCCGAGUGUUCCCCUAAUGAAGACCGAUCUGCUCUUCAAUGUGUUUACUGUCAUGAACUCUUUGUAGAGGAAACAUCUCUGGUGAAUCACAUGGAGCAGGCUCAUAAUGGUGAGAAGAAGAAUUCAUGCAGCAUUUGCUCUGAGAACUUUCAUACUGUGGAGGAGCUGUACAGCCACAUGGACAGUCACCAGCAGCCAGAGUCGUGCAACCACAGCAACAGUCCGUCUUUGGUAACUGUGGGCUACACCUCAGUCUCUAGCACCACUCCAGAUUCAAAUCUCUCGGUGGAUAGUUCAACAAUGGUGGAAACGGCUCCUCCUAUACCGAAAGGUCGUGGAAGGAAGCGGGCAGCUCAGCAAGUGCCAGAUAUCACUGGUCCUUCGAGUAAACAGGCAAAAGUUACCUAUAGCUGCAUUUAUUGCAACAAACAGUUAUUUUCCAGCCUUGCAGUUCUGCAGAUACAUCUUAAAACUAUGCAUUUAGAUAAACCCGAACAAGCCCAUAUCUGUCAGUAUUGUUUGGAGGUAUUGCCAUCUCUCUACAAUCUGAAUGAACAUCUAAAGCAAGUCCAUGAAGCUCCGGACCCAGCACUGAUUGUUUCUACCAUGCCUGCCAUGGUGUAUCAGUGCAACUUCUGUUCUGAAGUGUUCAAUGACCUAAACACCCUUCAGGAACACAUCCGUUGUUCACAUGGAUUUGCCAACCCUGCUGCUAAGGACAGUAACGCAUUCUUUUGUCCCCAUUGCUACAUGGGGUUUCUUACAGAUUCUUCUCUGGAAGAGCAUAUUAGACAAGUCCACUGUGAUCUUAGCAGUUCACGUUUUGGUUCCCCUGUGCUUGGAACCCCAAAAGAUCCGGUGGUGGAAGUAUAUUCUUGUUCUUACUGUACUAAUUCUCCAAUAUUUAAUAGUGUUCUUAAGCUGAACAAGCAUAUCAAGGAGAACCAUAAGAACAUUCCUUUGGCACUGAAUUACAUCCACAAUGGAAAAAAAUCCAGAGCCAUGAGUCCUUUAUCUCCUGUAACCAUUGAGCAGACCUCUUUAAAGAUGAUGCAGGCAGUUGGAGGUGCUCCUCCUCGUCCUGCAGGUGAAUACAUUUGUAAUCAGUGUGGUGCUAAGUAUACUUCCUUGGAUGGUUUCCAGACUCAUUUAAAAACACAUCUUGAUACUGUCCUGCCAAAACUGACCUGCCCUCAGUGCAACAAGGAAUUUCCAAAUCAGGAGUCACUGCUGAAGCAUGUUACCAUCCAUUUCAUGAUCACCUCAACCUACUACAUCUGUGAAAGCUGUGACAAGCAGUUCACUUCUGUGGAUGACUUGCAGAAACACCUACUGGACAUGCAUACGUUUGUGUUCUUCCGCUGCACCUUGUGCCAAGAAGUUUUUGACUCCAAAGUCUCCAUUCAGCUACACUUGGCUGUGAAGCACAGCAAUGAAAAGAAAGUAUACAGAUGUACAUCGUGCAACUGGGAUUUCCGCAACGAGACUGACCUACAGCUUCACGUUAAACACAACCACCUGGAGAACCAAGGCAAAGUACACAAGUGCAUCUUCUGUGGCGAGUCCUUUGGUACGGAGGUGGAGCUGCAGUGUCACAUCACUACACACAGCAAGAAGUACAACUGCAAGUUCUGCAGCAAAGCUUUCCAUGCUAUCAUCUUGCUGGAAAAGCACUUAAGGGAAAAACAUUGUGUUUUUGAGACAAAAACUCCAAACUGUGGAACGAAUGGAGCAUCCGAGCAGGUUCAGAAGGAGGAAGUGGAACUCCAGACCUUACUGACAAAUAGCCAGGAGUCCCAUAACAGCCAUGAUGGCAGUGAAGAAGAUGUGGACACAUCUGAGCCUAUGUAUGGCUGCGAUAUUUGUGGAGCAGCUUAUACCAUGGAGACUCUCCUGCAAAAUCACCAGCUCCGAGACCACAACAUUCGACCUGGAGAAAGUGCCAUAGUGAAGAAAAAGGCUGAACUCAUUAAAGGGAAUUACAAGUGUAAUGUGUGUUCUCGUACAUUCUUCUCUGAAAAUGGGCUCCGAGAACACAUGCAGACACACUUGGGACCAGUGAAACAUUAUAUGUGCCCAAUCUGUGGCGAGCGGUUUCCUUCUCUUCUGACUCUUACUGAACAUAAGGUCACGCAUAGUAAGAGCCUGGACACUGGAAACUGCAGGAUUUGCAAGAUGCCUCUCCAAAGUGAGGAGGAAUUUUUAGAGCAUUGCCAAAUGCACCCUGACUUGAGGAACUCCUUGACAGGGUUCCGCUGUGUGGUGUGCAUGCAGACAGUGACUUCCACGCUGGAACUGAAAAUCCACGGCACGUUCCACAUGCAGAAAACUGGAAACGGUUCUGCCGUGCAGUCCACGGGGCGUGCACAGCAUCUCCAGAAACUCUACAAGUGUGCUUCUUGCCUGAAGGAAUUUCGCUCAAAACAGGAUUUAGUGAAACUUGACAUCAACGGUCUGCCAUAUGGUCUGUGUGCUAGCUGUGUUAAUCUCAGUAAAAGUGGUAGUCCAAGUGUCAACAUCCCUUCAAGCAGUAACAGGCAAGGCAUGGGCCAAAAUGAGAACUUGAGUUCCAUUGAGAACAAAGGCAAGGCAGGGGGACUGAAGACUCGAUGUUCUAGUUGCAAUGUUAAAUUUGAAUCAGAAAGUGAACUCCAAAACCAUAUUCAGUCAAUCCACAGAGAGCUUGUUCCAGACAGCAACAGUACACAGCUGAAAACACCACAAGUAUCUCCAAUGCCCAGAAUCAGCCCCUCACAAACUGAAGAGAAGAAGACCUACCAGUGCAUCAAAUGUCAGAUGGUUUUCUACAAUGAAUGGGAUAUCCAAGUUCAUGUUGCAAACCACAUGAUUGAUGAAGGACUGAACCAUGAGUGCAAACUGUGCAAUCAGACGUUUGACUCACCUGCCAAGCUUCAGUGCCACCUGAUAGAGCACAGCUUUGAAGGCAUGGGGGGCACCUUCAAAUGUCCAGUGUGCUUUACAGUGUUUGUCCAAGCAAACAAGUUGCAGCAGCAUAUUUUCUCAGCCCAUGGGCAAGAGGACAAGAUCUAUGACUGCACACAGUGCCCACAGAAGUUCUUCUUCCAAACAGAGCUGCAG